UUUGUUUUUAACAGGGAAGGUUUGGAGGAUGAGUUGGGGCAGUCCAAAAGACCCGACAAUAAUGGAGGAACAAUCCAACAACUCUGAACUUUCGAUGAAAGAGAGGAAUUGUGUUCAAAGAAACUCGCUACUGAGACAAACAAAUCAAAAGAUAAACGCUUCUAUACAGAGUGAACACAAUCGGUUUGAAAGAAAAAUGGACUUAGAGGCUAAAAAGUUACGGAAAAAACUCACGCUGAUGAUUCAAAUUGCCAAACCAGGCACGAACUUGAACAACGAUGCAGGAUCUUGCAGCCCCAGCAAGACAGAAAAUUCGGUAGAUGUUUCUGGCAAACUUAAGUUGCCAGUCAUUAAAAGUGAGACAAAAUCAGCACCAUGUUCUCCAACUUUGAGCCAUCGAAAGGCAACUUUCCUUUGGGAAAAGGCUACUUUGUCGCCACACUGCGGUUCGAAUCCUUUGCCGAUUCCUCGUCGGCGCUCAUAUAACGAGAUCUUCUCUUCAUCACAAGGUUCACCCGUUUUAACUCGGCAGUCGAGCAGUUCUCUUCUGCAUCGAGGUCGUCCGUCAGAGUUGAUACAAUUGUCGCCUCGCUCAUCAGGACUGGAAGAAAAUAAUGGUGAGCUAUCACCAUCUUUGUUGCCAAGAAAUCUCAAGUUGAGAGAACAAGCUCGUCGCGAUAGCCUUCUAAAUGCGACGUCGGGGAUGCAAUCAACUCAAAGUCCAUCACUAGAGGAACAAUUCAAAUCACUCGGGUCGUGUCGAUAUCUGCGUCGAGCCACUGUAGGUCAUGUAAAAGUCACAAUGGAUGAUAAAGAAAAGAGUACUGAACUUGAAGGUCGAGAAAAUACUGCGGAAUUCAGUUAACAAGUCUCAAUUUGGGCCAUAACUGUGACAGAUAAUGGGGUGGUCAGAUUUACAAGGCUAAAUUUUUACGCCGAAUUGCAUUUUUACUAAGUUUGUGCAGGGUGUAGACAUAAUCGUAAAAAAAGUUUGUCCGGCUCAACUCUAAUUUCAAAAGACAAGCUGGCUUUAAUGAAGGUGACUUGUGAUACAGGGAUGUGAUAUUGUUUAAAAAUGCAGUGUUACGGCUACCACUCGCUGUCACUUUGGAUUAUUGUUGGCAAACGCAAAGUUCAGACCGCCAUUUGCAUCCAUCAGGGCUCUUUCACUAAUCAGCACACUCUUUGCACGUAGAGUCAAGUAUAAACCUAAAGGUGGCAACUGUUUUAGUACCGUACUUGCUAGGGGAUCAUUAAACAUGUCGCAAGACUUAAUAUAGUAUUACAGCGUUAAUGUAGUUUAUCAUGUCAAUACGUUCAAGUAAGUGUCAAUGGUUGAACGCGUGUACAGAUGUUAGACUUUGCUUGUAACUGGGUUAGAAACGACAAAUUUUCUUCCAACAGUAAUUUGAGAUGAACUCAACGAUUUAUGUUUCCCUGCUUUACGGAUUUUGUGUCGCAAAGGAAAACAACAGCAUUUUAAUUUAGAUUACUCGGAACGUUGCUUUGCUCUUUAAUUCAGCGUCAUUUGCAAACUUAACCAAAAAAUUAGCAACGUUUACUUCAUUAGCCAAAACAUGAUGAUUUUUCUUCAAAAACAGACCGGUAUAUUUGUAGCGAAACUAAUAGUGUUAACUAUGCAGUAAAUGGCUUCUACUGACAACAAUCAUUCACUUGACUCUGAUGA